ACUCUUUCUCAUUCACUAUCACCACCAUAUUCGACCGCUCUAUUUAUUCUCGCUUUAAUCAGUCAUGUCUAUUGAAGAGAGUAUUAGUUUGGAAGAAACCAACAAAAUCCGUAUCUCGUUGGGCUUGAAACCGCUGACCGAAGAUGCACCCUCUACCGACGAUAAAGAGAAACAAGCAGAACAGAACUAUGCGAAACGACGGGAGCAGGAAGCCAAAGACAAAGAAGCGAAGAAAGUCGCUGACCGGGUAGCCAAGGUGAGAAAUCGACGGGAACUCAAUGCUUCGCUGAAAGGCACAACUCUUGGUGAUGCCGACGGUGACGCAGACGACACGCUGAAAUGGAUCAAACGGUCCAAGAAGAAGGACAAGGAGCUUGCGAGGAAACGGUUAGAAGAGUUGGAUAAUUUUGACAAGGCUAUACAAGAGGAGUAUACGGAACGUGACCUGGAAGGCCUGAAGGUCAGCCAUGACUUUGAGGGUAUGGAAGAAGGAGAAGCCCGUAUACUUACAUUAAAAGAUAGUCGGAUCCUUGAUAAUGAAGAGGAUGAAUUGCAGAAUGUGGAAAUGGCGGAAGAGGAACGACGAAAGAAGAACCAGGAACUGAAGGUCAAGAAGCGUGACUAUACAGGAUAUGACGAUGACGAGUUCGUCGAGGGUAAUCAAGGGAUGAAACGUUCAGUUCUGUCAAAGUAUGAUGAUGAUAUUGAAGGGCCGAUGGAAACUGGUUUCCGGUUAGGCAGUUCCAUUGUCUCGAAAAGGGAAGCUAUAGAGCAAGAGAAACAUGCAUCUGCUGCAUCUGUGAACAAGUCCCUGUUGUCGAUAGACUACAUAAAGAAUCAGGAAACCACAGAUUAUCUCAAGGAAGGUGACCCCGGUUUCAAGAAAUUCAAAAAGUCUAAAAAGCAACGUCCAUCCAGACGUGCUCCUGCUGAGGCUGACCUGGCCGACGAAAACGACAUGGAAGUUGAGCAGCAGCCAAUUGUCCGAGACCUUGACGCGAACUUUGUCGAUGACGAUGAACUUCAAGCCGCUUUGGCACGAUCACGACGAGCCAGGCUGAACAAACCUAAAAAGUUGUCACCAGAAGAGUUAGCCAAGAAAAUCGCCCAACGUCGGGCAGAGGAAACAAAUACACCGAUCAAAGUUGAAGACGACGUCAAAAUGGAGGAUUCUGAAGAUGAAGAACCGGGUGGACUCACGUUCGACGAUACCUCUGAAUUCAUUCGAAACGUUGGAAACAACCCCAUCGUUGUCAAACGGGAAGGCAAGCGAGAGUCUGUACCGCCACCAGCUCCCCGUUCCCCUUCGCGGGAUAUCUCCAUGGCUCCUGGUGAUCAAGUUUUGGACGAAAUAGAAGCAGGAGAAGUGGUGGUAAAAGAGGAGGACGAGGAGGACGAGAUGGCCAUACUGGAUCAAAUAGAGGAGGCAAUUAAAUCCACCGAGGCCGAAGAAGCCGCUAAUGACGGCGUUGGAACGUCCAAUGAGCAAACUUUCAAAUCGGGCAUGGCUUCCACCCUGAAUAUUCUACGUCAGCAAGGAAUUCUGGCUACCCCGACUGCAGACUUGAAGGACCGAGAGAAGACGCAGCUCCAGCGGGACCUAUGGCUGAGUCAACAGCGAAGAAAGGUUACUGAGCGAGAAUUGGAAAGGCUCCAGGCUCGGGGAGGGAACAAGGACCAAGCAACCAGGGAAUAUGAGAAUCGUUCUAGAGAACAGCAGGAGGCACGGGAUAAUUUGGAGUCUUUCAAACAGUACAAGCCAGACGUCAAUAUCGUUUAUUAUGAUGAGUUUGGACGAGAGCUUACUCCCAAGGAGGCAUGGAAAGCUUUGUCGCACAAGUUCCAUGGGAAGGGUUCUGGAAAGAUGAAGACUGAGAAGAGGUUGAAGAAGAUUGAGGAAGAAAAGAAGAAGUUGGCAAUGGCCAGUGGGGAUACACCUUUGAGCAUGAAUGCUGCAUUCCAGCAACGCCAACAGAAGACUGGCCAGGCCCAUUUCGUUCUUUCUGUCGGUAAUCGAGGUGCCGUCCCUCAAGUUGCAGAUUUUAUCGAGACUCAGCCGUUGUCCAAGGGGAAAACGGAAAAGAUGAAGAAGAAGAAGGAGUCAAAGAAUGCCAAGGCCGCACUGGAAUCUGGUAUCAUGAACUUUCCGAACUCGCAAAUGUCGCUGUCGAAUGGAGGCAGCCCUGGACCUUCAGGAUUUGCGUCUGUCGUUAGCAGCGGAUCUCCGGCACCCAGAGCAGGAUUUUCCAGGAUCUCGUCGGCAGCUGAACCUUCUUCGCAAGGUGGUUCGCCUGGGCCCGGGGAGCGAUCCAAGGUCGCCUUCGGUUUUGGGAUGAAACGCAAGGCAGGCGAGGAAGCCGCAGGCUCACCCCCAGCCAAACGCAGAUGAAAACAGCUCCAAUUUACGGGACGUUGACGACGAUGACAAUGAAAACUUUAGCAACUUCUUUAAUGGUAUACUUCAUUGUGUUUUUUUACAAAGGCAAUCCAAAAAGAAUCCCUGACCGCUUUCGAAUGCUUUG